CCUGUGUCGAAGCGUCUGUGUAGUCAAUUCUCAGUCACUAUCUGAGGCUUUACAUGGGAGCGAGCGUUCACUCCUUUACUGAGAGACAUACUAACUGAUGAUCAGUCAUCCACCUCAAUGUGUAUGGUCAUAUUUGCUCCGCUUUUUGCCGUUUGUGCAUUUGCAACAUGUGGGGGAUAUUCUGGCCAGAUAAUGGUUAAAGUAGAAUGCAUGGAUAAAACCCAAAGAAAUAUCAGCAUCAGUUUUGGCUAUCCAUUCAGACUGCAGCAGGUGCACUUCAGUGUCCCUAUCUGUGAGGGUAAGAGGUAUGAGACGCUCUUCCUCGAGGGAGACUACGCUUCUUCAGCACAAUUCUUUGUUACUGUGUCUGUGUUAGCAUUUCUCUACUCGCUCCUAGCUACAGUAGUCUACAUUUUCUACCAGAACAAGUACAGAGAGAAGAACAGAGGUCCUCUAGUGGACUGCCUGGUGACUGUGAUUUUCUCAUGUCUGUGGCUUGUGAGCUCGAUAGCAUGGGCUAAAACUCUCUCUGGAGUAAAGACAGCCACAGAUGUGAGUCUGAUACAGAUGCUAAUGUCUGCCUGCAGAGAUGAGGAGAACUUGUGCGAGACACUAGAGGAGCCUACCUGGACCAAUCUUAACGUUUCAGUGGCUUUUGGCUUUCUGAAUUUCUCCCUGUGGGCUGGUAACAUUUGGUUUGCCUACAAAGAAACAGGCUUACAUAAGUCCGGUCAGCGCUAUCCCUCCAGAACGCCCUCUGAGAAACGCAGUGGUAGCUUCAGGCAGUACAGUCAAAGCAGUUUUGACCAAUCCGGAACAGGCUUUGGACAGAGGCUCUACAGCCAGCCAAGUUUUGACCUUUCAGGUGGAGGACUCAGCCUAUUGCAGACCAGUCUGGGACAACCUAAUGUUUACAGACAGAUGGGCAGUCCCACUUCUAGAGGACCGCUCAUAUUUGUCAAUGAAAGUCAGUGAGAUAAGAGAAUGCAGAGUGUUUACACUGUAUGAGGGAGAUAGUCAGGAGACAAUGUGAAAAAAAUUGAGUAAAGAUAAAUAGAUAGAUAUAAUUUCUGAAAAGAUUGUCAUAUGAAGUUGAAAAAAAAAGACAGUAAAAGAAUGAAUCCAAGGCACUAUAUGUGGAAAUUAUAUGGUUUUUGACAGAAGAGGCAGCAAGUUUAAGUGUUUCAUUUAGAUUAGUUUGGUGAUUUUAUAUAUUUUUUGUUCAUUUGAUUAUUAUUAAAUGUGAUUUAAAUGACAAAUAUAUAUUAUAUAAUUUGUGUGAGAAUUUUUCUCAAAUUCUAAUUCAAAAAUAUUUAGUGUACAAUCGUACUUUAAUAGGAACACCUUUGCCACUAAAGCAUGCAAUUAUCCAAUCAGCCAAUCAUGUAACAGCAAUGCAGGCCUAUAUCCUGCAGAUACAGGUCAUGAGCAUCAGUGAAUGUUCACAUCAAACAUCAACAUGAGGAAAAGUGUGCUCUAAGUGACUUUAACCAUGGCAUGGUUGUUGGUGCCAGAUGAGCUGGCUUAAGUAUUUCGGAAACUGCUGAUCUCCUGCGAUUUUCACACACAACAGUCUCUGGAGUUUAUAAAGAAUGAUCCAAAAAUAAAAUAUAAAAAACACAGAGUGAGUGCUGUCUUGCAGGUGGUAGGCUUCAGUAAAUCAGUCUUUACAAACAUGGUGAGUAGAAAAUCAUCUAAGAAUGCACAAUACAUUGAAUCUUGAGGCAGAUGUUCCUAUUAAUGUGGUCAGUGAUUGUAAGUGGAUUGAGAUAGAUGUAACAUAUCCCAUUAUUUAUUUGUGUUAUGCCGCUGUAAAAUGGUGUCUCUGGUAUUUUUCCCAUUUGGUACAAUUUCAAAUGUAUAAUGUAUAUGUAGUAAUUGCUUCGUGUACUGUAGUGAUAUUGUAACUACAUAGGGCUCAAAAUUGAGAAAUGUGAACCACAGUCUGACACUGGGAGGUGUCUGAGGAUGUAAAAUGACUGAUAUGAGGGCUGUAUUAUUAAUGACUGUCUGUUCAUAGUGUUCAGUGCAGUGCA